AUGCCUGGACGGAAGGUACCAUGCGGCACGGGAAAAUAUUUGCUACUAGCUGGUAAUACCAGUCCGCCGGGGUAUUAUCUGCGGGCGGCACCUGGGGAGGGCGUCACCUCGUGGCACAUCCACUUUCCGGGCGGCGGGUGGUGCGCCACCAAGAGCCGGUGCGCCAGGCGGGCCGGGCAGCUGCUGGGCGGCACCACCAUGUGGCCACCGACCAAUAACCGCCGUUUCGAAGGCAUUCUGAGCAGCAACGAGGGGGCGAACCCGUUCUUUGCGGGGUGGCACCUGGCCAUGCCUGUCUACUGCGAUGGGGGCAGCUAUGCGGGAACAGCCGGGCGCGUGGUUGUGGGGAAGAGGCGCUACGUGCACAUGGAUGGCAGCAGGAUCGCCAGGGCUAUCAUGGACGACCUGCUAGAAAACCGGGCGCUGAGCAGGGCAACAACGGUGCUGGUGUCGGGGACGUCAGCGGGGGGGCUGGCAGUGAUGCGCCUGUGUGACUCCCUCGCUGCUCUGCUGCCCCGCGCCACCGUCAAAUGCCUCCUCGAUGGCUCCUUCUUCCCCGACGCCCCAGACCGCACGGGGAGAAUGCACUUUCAGAGCCUAGCCCAGCAGAUCUCAGCGCUGCACCAGUUCUCGCCGCAGUCCCGCUGCGAUCGAGAGCGUCUUACCGACGACGACGAACUUGUAGUGCGAAGACCAACUACUCCCUUCCACCCAUCUCUCUGCCUCUUCCUUGUCCCUGCCUGCAGUGACCCCUGCGUCUGA